UCCGUUCACUGAAAAAGAGUCGUUCAUUUGAACGAAUCGUUCACUCACGAGCCAACACUCCAACGCGCAGUGACAAGGUAAGGAGCGGGACGCUAAGGUGGUCGCGUCGGCGAGAGGUGGCGCUAGUAGCGGUGGCCUCACGUCGAUUUGGAUGACACCGGUUCCGCAACCGCAUGAAAGAGUGGCGUGUUCGAGAAGCCUCGACCUGUUGUCAACAGAGAAGGGGGUGCUGUGGUUGAUGCUCGACCGCCGUAGUCCGCGCGCAUGCAACAGAAUGGCGCGAGCAGUUCGAACGGCUCCGAAGGCGGCGGUGGGGAGCGACAGUCUCCAUCCCGAAGCCCCCUGCUGCCGGCGGCGACGACUCGGGUGAGACGCUUCAUCCAGGAACGGCGAACGCUGCCGCUGCCCAAAGUCAUGGUGGUGUUCUCGGCCGCUGGUGACGCCGAGAAAGCCAACGAUGCCAUGGCCGACGACGACUCUGGGAAGGCGACCACCCCGGCGGCGGCGGCAGCAGCAGAGACGAACAGGAGCAAGCCGGCCUGCUGCCCGCUGGACGCCAAGCAGGAGCAGGAGCUUCCAGAGGUGGUCUCUCUGAACGUGGGCGGCUCUCACUUCACCACCCGGCUGUCGACGCUGCGCCGCUACGACGACACCAUGCUGGCCGCCAUGUUCAGCGGGCGCCACCACAUCCCGCGCGACGCCGACGGGCGCUUCUUCAUCGACCGCGACGGCACCUACUUUGGGGACAUCCUGAACUUCCUGCGAGAGGGCGAGCUGCCCCAGCGCGAGCGUGUGAGGGCGGUGCACCGCGAGGCGCAGUACUACUCCAUCGCUCCUCUGCUGGAACGCCUGGAGGACACGCAGCCGCUCACGGGAGAAAAAGUGCGCCAGGCCUUUCUCGACCUGCUUCCCUACUACAAAGAUAAUCUGGAGCGGAUCGUGGAGAUUGCCAAACUGCGCGCCACGCAGAAGAAGGCACGCUUCGCUAAGCUGAAGGUUUGCGUCUACAAGGAAGAGAUGCCCAUCACGCCGUACGAGCGGCCGCUCUUCAACUCGCCACGCUUGGAGCGCGCCGGCGAUGGCGGCGAGGCCAAGCUUUUCGAGCACCACUGCGAGGUGGACGUGUCCUUUGGGCCGUGGGAGGCGGUGGCCGACGUCUACGACCUGCUGCACUGCAUCGUGGGCGACCUGGCCCGCCGCGGCAUCGCCGCCGAGCAGCAGUGCAUCGGCGUGUGCGACAAGCACCUCGUCAACCACUACUACUGCAAGAGGCCCAUCUACGAGUUCAAGAUCACUUGGUGGUGAGGGCGGCGCCCUCGCCCCAUUUGGCUUCGACCUCUGGGAUGCAAAAUCGGCCGCUCGUGCGUCUUUGCAAGGCCUUCGCCGUUCUAGUAACAGGGAUGAGCAUUUCGCAUUUGCUCGGUUGUUGUUUUGCUCGGGAUUGUUAUGCUCAUCCUUGCUUCUAUAACUUCACUCGCUCUUCUUAUUCCAAGCAUUCCGCCUGCCGUUUCACUUUGUUUUUGUAUGAAUAAUAUAGUGCGUACAAGCAAUUGUGGUGACGUAGCGCUUUGUGCUAAGCUAACGGGACCUCCCCCCCCCUGCGUCCUUGUACUUGAUGAAGUUGGAGCACCUUGUGAUUGUAGUUGAGAAAGUAUGUAUAUCUUUUGUACCUCAUCGCUAGACUACAUCGAUGUCCACAUUGUUUUGUUUUUUUCUGUGUUCAUAGCACUACUUGUGUUGUUUCUAUAAUCAUCUCAUCCAAAGUAGCUUCUAGGAAGCCGUAGUCGUCACUUUUCUUUGCUUUGUAUUGUACUCUUUUAUGACUGACACAAAUCGAAGAAAAUAUAUCUAUAUAUGUACAAAUGCCUUGUUGCACAAGUGGCGGUGUUUUUAUUAAAAUAACGCUUCUUAAAAUCA